AGGCGUGUCGUUGUGGCGUGAGCUGCAAGUAGAGGACGACCGCAUCGGCUCCCGUGUCCGACAUUGAGCUCCCGCAUCCUCGCUUGCAGUCCAGGAGAAGGAGGAAGAACAUUCACCGCCCUUUCCAUCCAAGACAUAGUUAUUCGAAGAGUCAGUGAUUUCCAAUUCGCCGACCAUGAAGCUGCUGUGGGCUGUCAGUGCCCUUCUGCUGUGCUGCUGGCGAGCCAGUGCGUCCACAGCCCCAAACAUCAUCACUGAACCCUCUGAGGUCGUGAAUCAGACCUCCGCAGUCCUCAGCUGCAACUUGACCGAGUCCAGCCUUCCCAUCAAGGGGUCCCACUGGAUGCACAAUGGCAAACUCGUUGAUAGUUCCAUGUCCACCGAUGCCACUCCAUACACGACCCUCCGUUUGGACAAGAUCACCCACAGUUCUUCUGGAAAGUAUGAAUGCGUGUUCAUGACUGACCCUGAGGUGAAGCAGACAAUUGAAGUCAAAACGCUUCCCCAUGUGUCUACCCACAAACACUCUGAGCAUGGCAACGAGAACGACAAAGGUGUGAUGGUCUGCGACAGCCAUGGCUAUCCACUGCCCACCGACUGGACUUGGGUCAAAGAGGUCGAUGGCAUCCAAACGCCCAUCAUCAAUGGCACAAGUGACAAAUACGAGAUCAAGAGCACCCCGAACAAGACCACUCUGACCAUAAAUGACCUGAGCAUCAAUACUGACAUUGGAGAUUACAUCUGCUUUGGGACCAAUGAGCUCGGCACCAGCCAUGACAAGAUCCACCUGCGUGUUCGCAGUCGCCUGGCUGCGCUCUGGCCCUUCCUUGGCAUUGUGGCCGAGGUUAUCAUCUUGGUGGCCAUCAUCUUCAUCUACGAAAAGAGGAGAAAGCCCGAUGAGGUUACCGACGAUGACGACUCAGGUGCCGCUCCUCUGAAGAGCAACUCUAAUGCCAACCACAAAGACAAGAAUGUGAGGCAAAGGAACUCUAACUAGAAGCUGAAAGAGGUGGACGGGCAGAUGGCAGUUCACCAUUCAACUGUUGUGGCACAUUAUACUGUGCACCCUGCAAUUAUAAAUACCUUUUUGUGCUUGGGUGUUAAUGUUUUAAGAAACUGAAGGAUUUCCUCUUGUUUUUAUUUUCUUCUAUUCUCUUCUCCCCAUUGUGCAACCAGAGGACAUAGUGUAAAAUGAUUUCUGCUUGAGGCCCGGGGGCAAAUAUUGCAUGAGUUUCAAUGCUGUUCUAGCCAAAUGUGUGUUCGUUGUUAAAAUCAUUAGGAUGGUCACGUGAGGAAUGCUUAGUCUGUGGUUAUUUUCUUUUCAUGCUGACGCUGACCUCACAGUUGUCAGCCUUUGCUUUUAUAUUCUCCAAUUUGGAAUGGUGACUUGUAAAGCAGCACAAGUUGUGUUUAGAGGAUCUGAAACCAUUAUUUUUAUCCUGAUGAAUCACUGCCAUUCUUACAGCGACGAAUCUUUGAAUUCACAUGUUUGAUCUGUCCCUACACCACCAUAACCCUCCCUGCAGAGUUUUAAACUUUACCUUUACAAGCGCGGUUAAUCUUUACGGUUUUCUUUUUUUUGGUGUGCUUUUUAAAAAUGUGUUACAAUAUAAAAUGUGACCCUUUAAUUAAAUGCAGAAAUUAAUCAAAUUCAAUGUUUUCUAGGUUCUGUUGCCAGAAAAAAAUAGUUUUACUUGGGAUGCUUUUGGCGUUUCAAUAAUGCUUCUAUUCCAUUUUAAUAUGCACAUAUUUAAAAUGUUAAGUUUUAUUCACAAUUUCGUUUGUUGACAAUGUCACAUAAACAAUAAAAAUCUAUUAAGGACCAAGCGUAAGCGAUGCAAGUUGUGUUGCUUCUGUUGAAUGCAACGUAAAUACCGAUGCACACUGAUCUAAAACACUGCAGAUAAAAACUUACUAAGAUGUUUUGUUUUUUUUUGACCUGAGAAAAAUACCUUUUCUGUGCGACUGUUGGACAGUUGUCUCUGUUCCCUUCACUGUGUAGAUGACUCAAAGCCAUACGUUCAUUUAACCUGAGUAGUGUUGCGAUUGGAUGUUACUAUUUCAGUUACACAAAUUACAAAAAAAGACCUAGCCAGAAUUGUGUAAACUGUUGUACCUUCCAAUUACAUGGAACACCAUCUGCUGUACAAGUUGCACAAACUGAAUAAAGGUAUUUGAUUUUA